AUGCUAAACCAUAAACUAGUGGGGAAUCAGUUGGGCAACCCAACACGAUCAGUGUGGCUGGUGAGCUAACUGCUCACAGUGCGUAACCAGGUCCUUGAGGAGAGUGCUGUGCAGCUGAGUAGGAUCCAACCUGGGGACACAGUGCUGGAGCUGGCUCACGGCCCUGCAGUAGCAGCCAAACUACUCACAGAGCCCACAGGCCGCCUUAUAGGGGUGGAUCACUCUGAGUACAUGCAUCAGACGGCAAGUGAGUGACAGAAGGAACUUAUGGCCAGAGGGAAAGUGACCCUACACCACUGUGAUAUAGCAGCAAUGCCUCUGGCAGACAGCACUGUGGAUAAAGUCUUUCAUAACUGCUGCUACUUCUGGCCUGACCUCAGGAAGGGAGCCACAGAGAUACACCAGGUAAUGAAACCAGGAGGCCAGAUGGUGACCACGCUGAGGCUGCUGCAUGUGGCUGCUUUUGCAGCAAAGCGAGUGAUGCCAGGGGCUGCCUACAUGGCAGCUCUGAGAGACUCUGGCUUCACUGAUGUCAGAAUCAGAAAAGAAGAAGAUGAGAAAUCAAACUGCAAAUGACAGAUUGUGUGUAUUUUAAAUGAUUAAAUGAAAACAAAUCAAACACAGAAAUAAAGUAAAAUACAAUACACAUUGUUAUUUAUAUUUGCUUUUUAUGUAUGCUUUUACUGUGCUAUAAUUAAAUGAAAAACAUAUGCUAAAUGACAAUUAUUUAGCCUUUUGUUUUUAAUAACUGAAUUGUUUUUCAUUGUUACAUGAAUUUUCCACGCCGCAUUAAAAUCAAAUCACAACACAGAAAACAAAGUGAAAAGAUGUAGUGCAUUUCAGUGUGUAUUGUAUUUCACUUUAUUUCUGUGUCUGACUUGUUUUCAUUUCAUUUAAAAUCUCCCAUACCUCUCAGCUGGACCACACUGUAUCACAGAACUAUUUUACAAUACAUUUUACAUAUUUUAUUAUGUUGUAGAGCUGUUUGACAUGUUUGUAAUUGAAUAAGGAUCAUUUCUGAUAUCAAUAUAUAUCACAACAUA